CUGUCAUUCCCAGCAGGCAGCACAGCCUGGGCAGCGGCUGGGAGUUCUCCGCUGCAGCGCGUUUUCAUUGUUACGUCCCGCCCCGGCCGCCGUACACAGACCGUCCCAGAGCAGCAGGUCACUGAGCUUGAAAAUGAAGCUGAAAGAAAUUGAACGAUCUGCUGUUCAAGUCUGGAGCCCGGCCAACCAACACCCAAUUUACUUAGCAACAGGUACGUCCGCACAACAACUAGAUGCAUCCUUCAACACCAAUGCAGCUCUUGAAAUAUUUGAGGUGGAUUUUGGGGACCCGAAUGCUGAUCUGACAAGAAGAGGUUUUUUUCCUGCAUCUAGUAGAUUUCACAAGUUAAUUUGGGGCAGUUAUGGAAGUGACACAGUUGGUUCUUUGGGAGUGAUAGUAGGCGGUGGUGACAAUGGAACAAUAACUCUGUAUAGUGCCUCUCAGAUCCUCGAGUCGGGGAAAGACCCAGUGAUCGCAAAGAAUGAUAAACAUUCUGGUCCCAUCAGAGCACUUGACUUUAACCCUUUUCAGAGCAACCUCCUGGCAUCUGGUGCAAAUGAUUCUGAAGUUUUUAUAUGGGACCUGAAUAACUUCACUGUGCCAAUGACCCCAGGAACAAAAUCCCAGCCUAUGGAAGAUAUCAGUGCUGUUUCAUGGAACCGGCAGGUACAACAUAUCUUAUCCUCUGCCCAUCCCAGUGGGAAAGCUGUAGUAUGGGAUCUCCGUAAGAAUGAACCUGUCAUUAAAGUCAGUGACCAUAGCAACAGGAUGCACUGCUCAGGUAUGUUGUGGCACCCAGAGAUUCCCACCCAGCUCAUUCUCUCUUCUGAAGAUGAUCGUUUACCUGUCAUCCAAGUUUGGGACCUACGAUUUGCCAGCUCUCCUCUUAAAAUGCUAGAAAACCACACAAGGGGAAUAUUGUCUGUUUCGUGGAGCAACGAUGAUCCAGAAUUACUUCUCAGUAGUGCUAAAGAUAACCGUAUAUUAUGUUGGAACCCAAGCACAAGUGAGGUGGUUUAUGAGCUUCCGACCAAGAACCAGUGGUGUUUCGAUGUUCAGUGGUGCCCACGCAACCCCUCUGUGUUCUCUGCUGCUUCUUUUGAUGGCUGGGUCAGCAUUUACUCUGUAAUGGGUGGGAACCUGGAAGCUCAGCAGCGAAGUCAAGCUGACCGGAUCUCCACCUCCUUUAACAGCAUGGAUCCAUUUGGCACUGGACAGCCCUUACCUCCUCUACAAGUGUCGCAGCAGGUUUCACAGACCACUGUUAUCCCACCUUUAAAAAAGCCUCCCAGAUGGAUACGUAGACCAGUGGGCGUCUGCUUUGCUUUUGGUGGGAAAUUAGUAUCUUUUGACUGUCCAAAAGUGCCCAUACAGCCCACACAAGAGCCAACCCAGCACAAGGUCUACAUCAGCCAGGUUACCACCGAGAGUGAGAUUCUAGUGCGGUCAAGUGAAUUACAAGCUGCUCUGAUUUCUGGAAACCUGCUCAGUUAUUGCCAGAAUAAAGUGCAGAGUUCUCCACAAGGGUUUGACAAGAAUGUGUGGAACUUCCUCAAGGUUAACUUUGAACAAGAUGCCAGGGAAAAGUUUAUAAAGUUACUUGGAUAUAACAAGGAAGAGCUGGAUAGGAAGAUAUCCAAGGCUUUGGGAGAGAGUUGGCAAAACAAAAGCAGCCCUUCAGAGGCAGAAGAUCUGGUGCACAGUAUCCAGUCAGUGUCCAGCCAGGCUUCCAGCAGCUUCACAGGACAACUAGGAUCAUCUUCUUCUUCUAUGGAUUUUUUUAAUCUACCUCCUCCAGAUACAGCCAAAUUUGAGAUACCAGUUACUGCAGACACGGAUGGCCUGAUAAGUCAAGCACUUCUGUUGGGAAACUUUGAGAGUGCCGUGGAUUUGUGUCUGAAAGAUGGACGCUUUGCUGACGCCAUCAUAUUGGCCAACGCAGGGGGUGAAGACCUGCUGAGAGAAACACAGCAGUGGUACUUUUCUCAUCAGAAAAAUAAAAUUACAUCACUUCUCUCAUUUGUCGUUCAGCAAAAGUGGAAGGACAUAGUUCUCAACUGCAGUCUUCAGAGUUGGAAGGAAGCACUGGCUCUCCUACUGACAUAUUCCAAGCCAGAGGAGUUCUCAGAACUUUGCGAUGCUCUUGGAAAUCGUUUGGAGUCCGAGGGAGAGGGAAAGCUAUCCUCUCAGGCCUGCCUUUGUUACAUAUCCUCAGGAAAUGUUGACAAGUUAACUGAAUGCUGGGUGAAAAGUCAUGAUACAUGUUCUCCACUUGCACUACAGGAUCUAAUAGAGAAAGUAAUGGUAUUGAGAAAAUCCAUUGAGUUGCUUCAAGGAACACAGUUGCCCCUGCAAGGUCCUGUACUGUCUGAGAAGGUAGCACAGUAUGCUAACCUUUUGGCAUCCCAAGGUGACCUGACUGCUGCCAUGAGCUACUUAUCCCAGGACUCUGGUGAGAGUUCAAUUCGUCAACUACGAGAGCGCCUGCUGAAUGCUCAGGGAGAGGUUGUGUCUGCACAGCCUUCUACUACAAGGAUGCCAGGCACCCAGCCUUCCCCUACUGCAAAGCCCAGCAAAGCACCUGAUGGACUCUCGUACAGGGAGAGCAGUAAACAGGCUUUGUCCCAGCUUUCAGCAGGCACUGGAAUUCCUUCUUAUCCACCAGUGCCUUCAAUAUUUACUCCUCAGCCAAUGCCCACACAAGUGGGACCUCCUCCUCCAGCCAUCCCAUUCCAGACCGUACCUGGCCAACCUCCGAAUGCCUAUUCCAGGCCUGGAACUUUGCAGCCUUACUCUGCACCUCAACCAACUACACGAGCAUUUGCACAACCACCACCUUUUAAGCCAGUCCAUCAGGUCCCACCUUCUACUGCUUUUCCACCAUCUCCUGUGUUGGGGCAAAUACCUAUGAAUGUACCCACCGCUACUAAUCCUUCUGGACCCAUGUUUUACCCUCCCUCUUCCAUCCCUUCCUUACACACGUCCACCAGCUAUUCUGCUGUAAGAGCACCUACAUCCAUGGGGCAGCCUCCUACACCUCCGUCUAUGAAUUCCGCACAAGUUCCUUUUAACUACCCCAUGGGACCCGGAGUUCCUACUAACCUGCCUCCACCUCCUAUAGGAUGUUUUCACUGGCUUGAGAAUCGUCCAGCCUCAGAAGCAAGUGAACAGGAAGGGUGGACUGAGUCUCGCGCUUUCCAUGCUACUGCGCAAAGAAAAAAGUCAAAUCCAUUCAUUCCUCUGGCACCAAUCACUACACCUGUUAUGAAUUUGCCCAGUGAAGCAGAGAGCCUUCAGAAUCAGUGGGACAGUAAUUUGGACUCUGGUCAGCCUCAUAUGGGUGCACCAAAAGAAGCAACGGUUCAGGGAAUACAGCGGCUACCAGUAGAGCGGAUAGAGAAAAAAGAAUUGCCCCUGGCACAUCAGCCUUUACAAAAAACCUUUGAUGGCUUAGUGCAGCGCUGUUCAGCAGUGCCAUCUGACCCGAAAACUAAGCGAAAGUUGGAGGAUGCAUCACAGAAGUUGGAAUUUUUGUAUGACAAAUUAAGAGAGAAUGCUCUUUCCCCCCACAUCCUGAUGGGGCUGCAUGAAAUUGCCCAUUGCGUAGACACCCACAAUUAUCAGCACGGUCUUGUUGUGCACACGCAGGUUGUCAGCAGCAGCAGCUUCAGUGAGGUGUCUGGUUUUAUGCCUAUACUGAAAGUCCUUAUGACUAUUGCCAACAAACUGAACGUGUAGCAGGAAUGCGCACCGAGAACUUUGGAGAUGUACAUUUGAUCUGUGCAUCAAUAACCAUUUUGUCCUGGAAGAAGGGUAUCAAUUUCUGCCUUGCAGGUGUAGCUUACCACUAUGUGAGUGGCAUAUAUGAAUAUAUAUCUAUAUAUACACGUAGGUAUGCUGUGCAAUAUAUUGUGGAUUCCUUUAAAAUGGUAAAUACAGUCAAGAACCAGGGUGAAGCUAUAUUUUAUUUAUUUGUCUUUUUCUUUUUUUUUUUUUUAAGUUGUUAUAUCCUUAUUAGAAUGGAGUCUGUUGCUCCAAUGUUUGGCACUAAUUUAUAAAAAAAAAAAAAUUAAACACUCUUCUACUUCAAAUGGCAGCAGGAGAACGUGAGUUUUGUUUUAGCAGAAAAAGCAUACACAAGAAAAGGGAGAUGUAUUUUCAGACCAGUCUUCAGGGUUCUUCAGGAGAAAAAUAUAAAAAAAGCAAUCUUUGUCUAAAAUCCAAGAUCAAUGUGUCGUCCAUGUGCUGAAGGGCAGAUUUUCUCUUGAUUCACAUACAUAAUACAUAGUCCCAUAAUAAUGUGACUUGCUUGGAGAGAUCCACAAUGGAAGAUCACACACCAAUAGUACUAUGCAAGAAUUCAUUGUUUAUUAUUGGAAAGCACAACAACACCAGAACAACAGAACCCUAUUGUUUUCUAGAACAUUAUGUAUUAAGUCUCUCAACAUCAAGCCUGAGUUUUAAUUAUCCAUUUCUUCUUGGGUAUUUAUGUUUUGUUUGUUAAAUAUAAACCAUCAACACACAUCAGCUUUGUCAGUUUACUGACACAGUUUACAAUAAGUUAACUUGUUUAGUCAACUGUUUGCUCCACAAGAUCUAUAUGUAAUCUGGAAGCACUAGGGUAUUGGAUUUUUUAUUUUUUUUUUAGUUUGCCAGAUAUAUAUUAAUUGCAUGAUCUGUUUUGUAUUGAAUGUUAGUUAGUACAUGCCAAGUAUGGCAGGUAAGGAUCAAGGAGUUGAACAGUUUUCCAUUUGCUUAUUUGAAUUUAAGAGUCUUUGUUCACUUUUUGUUUUGACAGGAACACAUCUGUCAUUGUCUUAAAACUUUUCACAACAUUCUACAAUUCAUACAGCAGAUCUUAUUUUUUUAUAUGUAUGUAAAAAGUUAGCUGGAGUAUGUAUCUGGCCAACCGGUAAUUAACAGAAGGAAGAAGUAACGUUAAUCAAACCGGAAAUUGAUGAAAUAAAUUAUUCCCGUGGAGAUUUGCCCUUUAAAAUCUAUAACAUUACAAUUAAAAAUUACAAUACACACAGUGGAGACUUAUUCCUAAACAUCAGCCUUUCUUUAAUAGAGAAAAAAAAACACUCAGGUAUAUUUUGCAGCAUUGUAUUUAUAAGUGAAUACAUCAAUUAGUUUGUUUCCAAAAGCACAACUAUAUUGAAGAAAUUGCACAGCUAAUAAGGCUAUAUGUUAAAAAAUACUCCCAACAAAGGUGACAUGAGUGUACUUAUCACUUAUUAGUAUUGUACAACAUGUACACUGAUGUAAGCUGCUUAUUACUUAUUCAUAUUCCUGUUAACACAGCUUGGUUAAAUUUACUGCAUUUUUAUUUAUCAUUCUGAAUAAGAGAAAUGCUUUUGUUGGCCAUUUUGCAACCAAAUAUCUGUGCGGAAUGAAGUUGUCUGCUUACGUUCAUUGACUAGAGAGAGGUCUUAAUUUGACAACAUUAUAUCCUUAGGCUUACUAUAUCCCUACAAUGUCAGAGAAACACUAUAGUGUUUAAGUUCAUAGUUGGCUUAUAAUGAAAGCACAGCUUGCACUAGUAUCAUGAUUAUUUCAGUGCCAUAGCAGUGGAUUGCACCACCAUUCAUUGAUAACGCCUAUGAUACUCAAAUAAAGAAACUAUUGCGAUUUUGGGGAGGGGGGAGUAGGUUAAUCUUUGCAGUGGAACAAAAUCACUUUGCAAAGUUUGGUAUUUUUCAGUAUAUUCUAAUGCUUUGCCAUUUAAAUAUUAUAUAGUGACACUUAAAGGACAUCUGUCAAUACAUUUAAUGAAACCUAGUGGGGGGUGCAGAAAUUAAUAAUGCAUUUAAAAACAUAUCAUUUUAUCUGGCUAAAGAACCUAGUUGGGUCGGCUUCUGCUGCUCAACUGAUUUGCCUUCUGCUGAUGCAGUUUCCUGAAGUUUCACACAGAGCAAUUGCAGCAGUUGGUCAGAUAUGUGUUUAACCCAAUCAACAUGGCCGCUCAGCCAAUUUAUAAAGAAGGGAAAUUUUCUAAAAUAAAAAACCUAAUUUAAAAAUAUAUAUAAUUACAUUUCAUUAAAUGUAGUAAUCCUUUAAAAAAUGAGUUGUGAAAAUGUGACAGUUUUUCUUUUUAAUAGCCUAUACAUUUUAAUUUGUACUAGCCAUAUCAGUUGCAUUUUAUUUUACAUUUUGGUCUAGGCAUGUAUGUUUGUGUCAGCAACAUUGAAAACCUAAAAUACAAAUAUUGAUUUUGCAGUGAGUGCCCUUAGAGCAAGUGCAUCCACAGUGCCUGGCAGCCUAACACAAAGUAGAAAAUGUGUGCGCACAGUGCCUAUCAAGAUUAAAUACCUAGCUAUCUUGCCUAUACCAUAUAUAGAUAAAGUUGUAAAACGUAAAGUGGCCCUGUCACCGUUUAGGGACUUUGACGAAUUUGCAUAGUCCCUUGGCGGUGACAUUGCCGCUGGUGGUUCAGUGGCUGAGAGGGGCACGAAAAGUUUGAGUUUACUUACUUGAUCCUUUCCCUUGCGGGUGCCGUCAUCUUGGUCCGGUGUGGUCCUCCUUGGCGCUGACCUCACUGCUUAGUACAAAAAUCACUGACCAUGACGGUUGCAGGGAUUGACACUUAGUCUCUGCCUUGUCCCUGCAUGUCUCUUGACUGGGUUGGAAUUUCAAUGAAAUUCCAACUCGGUCAACAUGAAUAUUUUAUGAGGAUUCUAUCUUCAUAAAAUGCACAUUUUGUUGACUUAAACACAGAAUUGUUCAUUCAUGAAUAAUUCUAGGAUAUUGUAUUUGUCUUCCCAUCCAGCGUUAUUACUGCUACCAGUACAAGUUGAUAGUCUCUGGAUUGAACAUUUAACUACAAAAUGAAUGAAAGCACCCAUGACAGUCCACCUGUAUGCCCUCCAAUACAUUUAUACCUUAUUUACCAAUGGUGUGCAAAUAUGUUGAUUUCCAUAAUUUUUUUACACCGGUUAGUGUGCCAUUCUCCGCUGGGAUGGCACUUCUUGAAACCAAUGAUGAUAUGUGUUUGGCUGUCAGUUUAGGGUAAUAUAUUUGUUAUGGUAAUUGUUUCUGUUAAUAAACCUCAGAAAAACAUUUUCCAAAAUUGGACAUGACGUUCAAUCCAGACUGCUUUGGGCAAGUGCAAUAAAGCAGGUAUCUUGCAGCCAUUACUUGUGCUGAUUGGAAUUAUCAGCUAGACAAUCUUAGUUUAUUGGUGCCUAAAAUACCUGCAUGAUUAAACAUUGCAAAAUGCAUUGUCACACUAGUCAUGACAUUGGAACAGCAGAAUCUAAAAGAUUCUAAACAUUGAGAAAUCCGUUUUUAUAGACCAAAUACUAAUUUUCAAUCCGUCAUUAAGGAGAGCUACGUCAUAAUAUGGUUACUUGUGGUCUACAUCCAGCCUUGACCUGUCAUGAUCUUCUUACGUUUAAAAAAUAUGUAAAGAAGAAAAGUUAGGCCACUCUCAAAAUAUAAAGUUUUCGACUUUUAAGGUUUCAUUUAUUAAUUGUAUGAUAAGCAUAAUUUGGACCCGAAUAUUUGGAUGGUGGUUUAAACUGUUUUGUUACCCUAACAAACAUCAUUGAGCUAUAAAAUGUUUAUAACUCCAUGACAAUCAAGGUUAUAAAUCAGACUCAAAAUGGUAUAAAAUUAAAAUCUGAACGACAAAAAUAUACGCUAAAUUCGCUGACUUUGGAAACCUUCUCCAGCCCAGCAGUAGUCGGUUAUUUUCGGUUUAUUUGUUGUCAUUCUGGUCUUAAUUUUCUGCAUUUUUUUAGAUUUUUAGGGAACAACUUGUUAUGUGUCCCAUUAUUUUGUUUUAUUACAGAUAAAAAAUUAUACUUUUACUACUGAUGAGGAUAAAGUGUAUAUAUGUAUUAAUAAAGAAUCUGUUCCCCAAAGGGGAUGUUAGGAAUAAAUUAACACAAAGCUGCCCAAAUGUAAACUGUUCAGUCUGCUGCACAUGUUUUUUUUUUUUUUUUGCUGUGAUAAAAUGAUCUGUAACAGGAUCAGACCGUUUGCAGUCACUCUGUGGCUAUUUUUGGACUUCAUCUCUAAUCACACUUGUCCCAUGUUAUUGGGCGUUAAAUUCAAUCAGCCUGUGGACUGUAGCUUAUUCCAUCCUGAGACUCGGUAGGGAGAGUUCUUGGGUUUGUAUCUGCUCUCCAUUUCUCCCUGAGGUGUAACUCUCCAUCAGCUAAGUGCCUCAUUUGUGUCCCCUUCCUAAUGCAUCAAAAUGUUUUGGGAAAUGUGUACUUGUUCUUAAUAAACAUGUUGUAUUUUAAUUCACUAAAAUAAAGUUGCUUUGCUUAACAA